AUCAUAUUAUAUCACUCGUGGAAUCGGAGAAGAAAGCGUUAUGUCCCAUCGAUACGAAGAGAUGGAUACUUUCUGACGGAAUAACAUCCCUAGCAUAUGGACACUGGAGAAUUAAUGCAUAUACAAGUAUGAUUAAAGCUGGUAUGUCUCCAGAGUUGGCCGAAAAAAGAGCUAUGAGUGUAAAGCUUAAGCCUGAGAUCGAAUCUUUAAUCGAAGAACAUAUAGCUUAA